AUGGGGAUCAAUUACUCGACAGCUCUCCCCCAGACAAAACCUCUCCCUUCCAUGUCUGCUACUUCGCUAUCAAGCACCGUUGUGCCUGUUAGCGCCUCUACUUCCAAUAUCUUCAGCUCGACUGUUCCCGCCAUCAAAGCCACCACCAGCACCUCCAGCACAGCAGCGCCCUCGUCCACAGUAAUUGAGACCCGUGGUAGCUCCGCGCUCGCUGCUGAUAUCCUGGUCAUUGCCCGGGACUCCACCGAAGCGAACGUCGCAUCUUCCGGUCUAAACGCAUAUGGCAUCCCAUUCACAACGCUGCUCGUCCCUCAGGAAGGCGUGCAGCUGCCAGACCUAGACUCUGCCGCUGGAGGCAAGUUUGCUGGAGUUGUGAUUUCCGGAGAAGUCAGCUAUGACUACGGCAACGGCACCUGGGCCAGUGCCUUGGCUCCCAGUCAAUGGUACCAACUAUACGCCUACCAACUUAAAUACGGAGCCCGUCUGGUGGAGUACGAUGUGAGUCCAGGAGAGAAAUUCGGGACCAAGGCAGUGACAGGCGGCUGCUGCAAAGAGGGAAUCGAACAGCUGGUUUCCUUCUCCGAUACCAGCGACUUCCCUACUGCUGGACUUCGCACCGGGGCUGGGGUGAGCACGAAAGAGCUCUGGCACUAUCCAGCAGAGAUUGUGAACAGCACAACGACCAAGGCUAUUGCCAAGUUCGCGAGCAACCAGGUUAUCAAGAACGAGACAGCAGCGGCGGUGAUCAACAACUUCAACGGGAGACAGCAAAUGGCAUUCUUCAUAUCGCUUGAUCCGACAUGGAAUCCAACCUCUGCGUACCUGCAGCAUGCAUGGAUUACGUGGAUUACGCGUGGUCUGUACGCAGGAUAUCGCCGCGUGAAUCUGAAUACCCAGAUCGACGACAUGUUCCUCAGUACGAGGAUCUAUAAAAGCGAGCGCAACUUCCGUCUCACCCCGGCGGACCUCGACGGCAUCACCAGCUGGCUUCCGGCUGUUCGGUCGAGAUUGAACCCAGGCAGCACCUAUUUCGUCGAGGUUGGUCACAACGGAAACGGCAAUAUCGAGGCAGCGAGUGGGCAACUUGGCUCUCAUCGCUGCAGCGGUGGUCCAAUCCAGAUCACAGCCCCAGCUGCUACGCCGCCUGAGUUCAAAAAGCCGCUUGGGACUGCUUCGAACCUCUGGCCGGAAACGCCUAAUUCGUUUAACUGGAGCGAUGCCUGCAUGGAUGCUGACGAGCUGCUGCAAUGGUGGAAGAAGAACCUUAACGAAUACGCCCAUAUCUCGCAUACAUUCACGCAUCUGUCCCAGGAUAAUGUCUCCUAUUCCGACGUCAGUAAGGAAAUCACCUUCAACCAGGCCUGGCUGUCCCGAGUAGGCAUCUCGUCUGCAACCCGGUAUACGUCCAACGGCAUCAUCCCACCUGCCAUCACAGGACUCCACAAUGGCGACGCCCUGCAGGCCUGGAGCGACAACGGUAUCACAAACUGUGUAGGCGAUAACAGCCGCCCUGUUCUCCGCAACCAGCAGAAUCCUAUGUGGCCGUACUUCAGCAGCGUCAGUGCCGACGGGUUUAACGGAAUGCAGGUGAACCCGCGGUGGGCCACGCGUAUAUACUUUGACUGCGAUAGCCCAGAGUGUACAUUCCAGCAGUGGGCUGAUGUAUUCUCAGGUACUGGGGACUUCAAUAACCUCCUUGAAGCGGAGAAGGAGUCUGCUAUAGUCAAUCUCCUCGGUCUCUACCACGACAGCUACAUGUUCCACCAGGCAAACCUGCGUAAUGCCAAUUCUGCCUCUAUCACCGUCGGUAGCUCUACCGGUCGAUACUCGAUCUUCCAGGCGUGGGUAGAGACUGUUGUCCAGGAGCUGAGCAGGCUUGUGACGUGGCCUAUCGUGUCAACCACACAUCAACAGAUUUCCGAUAGCUUCCUCCAACGCUACAGCCGCGACCAGUGUAAAUAUACCCUUACCUACGAAGUCUCAGGCGGCCACAUUACCGGCAUCACCGUCACAGCGAAGGACAACCAAUGCAGCGCAGCGAUCCCUGUCACCUCGCCAGUUGAAUUGGACAGACAUAACUUCGCCACUGAGCAGCUUGGUAGUGAUCCCUUGACUGUCUGGGUCGAGCUCAAGGGUGAUCCUGUCAGUCUUGCUCUUGCUUCUCCGAUUCCACUGUAG